AUGGAUGACACCUCGUCGAUCAAAUCGGCGAGACGCCGGAGACCCAGCCUUGCCGUAGCGCCACUACAAACUGUCCCUCGAGUUUACUUCGACGAAAACUUCCGUCUCGAGAAUCCCCGGACGUUUGAUGUAGUUAGUGAGCGCUCGGAGGUGAUCAAGUCUACAGUACCAGCAGGCCAGGGGGAGAACGGCGUGGGGGCAUUGGCGGCACAGUCACAGAGGAAGGCUCUGGCCACGAACGCAAUACUACAGGAGAAACUAUCGUGGUAUAUGGACACUGUGGAGGUGCAUUUGAUAUCAUCAAUAUCAACAGCUAGCUCGUCAUUUUUUGCAGCGCUGGGUGAUCUACGAGAGCUUCAUUCCGAAGCUGCGGCAAGUGUGCAUAAGAUUCAAGCCCUUCGGAAGGAGCUGGUACGACUGGACGAGGAGCAGGCCGUGAAGGGCCUUGAAAUCGUGCGGCUGCGCCGUCGGCGGGACAAUGUCGCAAAGCUUGAGCGCGCGGUAAAACAGAUAGAACAAGUGACGCUGGGUGUCCAGCAGGUGGAGAAGUCACUCGAGCACCAUGAAAUUGAAACCGCGUUAGACGUCAUCGUCGAGACGGAGCGAUUACUCGCUGGUGAGGGGGAGGGCCUCAUCGACCUCCGCGGCGUCAGAUCUCUGGAGGCCGUCAUGGCGGACCUGAACCACCUCCGGUACAGAAUCGGCAAAGCGUAUGAAGCCCGGUUCGUUCAAUGCCUUCUCGACGACCUUCGCUUCCACGUCGAAAGAGUGCCAUCGUCCGAAACCCUCCGCCGAUUUGCACAGAGCUUCCAGCGAGAGCAAUACCAACGUUUUCUCAACUCACAGCAAAAGAACAACUUCUUCCCGCCACCCCGCUCAAGCAGUCUGCCGCCCGAAUUUGCAAUCCUUUCUGACAGCCUACGUAAUCUACUCAAGCAGCACCUCGACGGGCUUCAGAGAGCGAACCAUAUCAAUGAUGCAGUUCAGGCUUACCGGGACGCAGUGAUUAAGGAGGCUAAGAAUCUCAUUCGGCGAAAUCUGCCCAGUGAAGGCGAUGCCGACAGUGUCGCUUCAAAUAUUUCGCACUUGUCCCGAAGGUCUCGUUCCGGGGGAAUACGACAGUCAUCCGCCGACAAGAGUCAAGCACUCACACGAGCACUCAGGCUUCUCGGGCCGGCGGAUGCUGAGGAUCUCCUGGUCAAGAUAUACACCGGAGUAUCGGAGCUCAUCCGGCGAUUGGGGUCGCAACAGAAGAUGCUCCUCGACGUGACCAUGCAAAUGGGCGAGACCGGAGUGGGCGGGAUGCUGUCUCCACGGCUUGAGCAGAACGGCUUCCAGAACGGCUUUUCUAGCGAAAUGCAUCGAAGCCGCAGCGAAAGCGACCCGACGAUAUCGAUGGACAUAUCCGAUCUGAUCUCCAGUGCUGUGGAGAUAUCGCAAUCCCACAUCGUCAAGCUGGUCAAAGUCCGCACAGAGCAGGUCGCCCACUACCCACCAGACAUGUUCAUACGCUACUUCACCUUGACUCGGCUCUUUGCUCAGGAAUGCGAAGCUGUAUCUGUUAGAGUUGGUCCGGGAUUGCAGAACGCGGUGAGCAACCAGAUCCGCGAUUUCCUGUCUGCCUACCAGGACGACCGGAUACGAAACCUCGCCGACUGUCUGGAGAAAGAUAAGUGGGCUGCCAAAGAAUUUGAACCGGAGCGGCAGAAGAGCCUGGACAGGAUUCUAAAAGCAGCAACCACUGACCCCGAGGAAUGGGUUGGCAUCGGCCGACUCUGGGAGAUUCGGGCGAGGGAACAAGGCGAAACCAUAAAGCUACCUCCACCGCCAUCCGAGACCGACGAUAAUCCCGCAAAUGGGGUUGUUGCUCCAGCAGCAACAGAACCGCCCAAGAAACUUACACACGCCAUCGUCGAUGACCAGAAAUUCAUACUACCAGAGUCAGGAUUACUGGUACUCACUGAGAUCGAAUCGUACCUGCGAUUAGUCGUAAACAUGCCAGGCGUAACACAAGAGCUGGGCUCCAACAUUCUUCAAUUCCUUCAGCUCUUCAACUCACGUACAUUCCAACUAAUUCUCGGCGCGGGCGCCACCCGAUCGGCCGGCCUGAAAUCCAUAACCACCAAGCACCUGGCGAUGGCCUCUCAGGCCCUUUCGAUAAUCACCACGAUAAUUCCGUACAUUCGCGAGGCGCUCCGGCGGCACUCCUCAUCCCCAAACCUGGUCGCAGACUUUGAUAAGCUCAAGAGGACGACCCAAGAGUACCAGGAUGAGAUCCACGGCAAGCUCAUCAGCAUAAUGUCGGACCGGGCGCGCACGCACGUCGCCACCAUGAAGAAGAUGAACUGGGACGAGGUCUGGGUCGGCGAAGACGGGAGGUACUAUAUGGAUAUCCUGUGCAGAGAGACGGGCGUGCUCUACAAAGUCCUCAAUAAACACCUCCCCCUCCCCGAAGUGCGCGGCAUUAUGGGUCCCGUCUUUCAGGACUAUGCGGAUAAGCUUGUCGAUGGAGUUUCUGGCGCGGUCGUGAGAACCGAGGACGGGAAGAAGAGGAUGGCGAGAGACGCGGAAACCUUCCGUACAAAACUCGGUGGUCUGGAGGGCUGCGGUAAUGCUGGGGAGAUAGUAAUGGAUGCAGUCGGGAGCAAGGCGCUCUCCACCACUCCCGGCCCCACCGAAGACGAUAGAAGCAACAGGGCCGGUACACCGUUGGCUAGGAAUGCGCCCCAUAAUCCUCUCAUGAACGGGAAUUAG